AUGGAAUUAUCUCAUAGCCUUGACAAUGAGGACACCCGCACACCGGCUAGUUCGACAGCAGUGGGAGUCCGGGUCUGGUAUGGGUUGUAUUGGAGGAAGAUGGCGGUGGUGCAGGCCAUGCAGGUAGAGCAAGAGCAGGAGUUGCACUCGCCGGAGCAGCAGUUGCAGGUGCAGGGAGACAUGAUGAAUAUAGAUUUG